CCGGGGCGCGGCCGCGCGCGCUGACCGCUCCUCCCUCGGCCGCACGCCGGCGCCUGGGCCCGCGGAGGAGCGGGGUCUGAGGGCAGCGGCCACCCGCCCGGCCCGGCUCUUUCCCUGGCGGCGGCGGCUUCUUCCGUGGGACAAUAUGUUCAAGAGAAUGGCCGAAUUUGGGCCUGACUCCGGCGGAAGAGUGAAGGGGGUUACUAUUGUUAAACCAAUAGUUUAUGGUAAUGUUGCUCGGUAUUUUGGAAAGAAAAGAGAGGAAGACGGGCACACCCAUCAGUGGACAGUAUAUGUGAAACCAUACAGAAAUGAGGAUAUGUCAGCAUAUGUGAAGAAAAUCCAAUUUAAAUUACAUGAAAGCUAUGGUAAUCCUUUAAGAGUUGUUACUAAGCCUCCAUAUGAAAUUACUGAAACAGGAUGGGGUGAAUUCGAAAUAAUCAUCAAAAUAUUUUUCAUUGAUCCUAAUGAAAGACCUGUAACCCUAUAUCAUUUAUUAAAGCUGUUUCAAUCAGACACCAAUGCAAUGCUGGGAAAAAAGACAGUGGUUUCAGAGUUCUAUGAUGAAAUGAUAUUUCAGGACCCAACAGCAAUGAUGCAACAGUUAUUAACAACAUCUCGUCAGCUAACAUUAGGAGCCUAUAAGCAUGAAACAGAAUUUGCAGAACUUGAAGUGAAAACCAGAGAAAAAUUAGAAGCUGCAAAAAAAAAAACAAGCUUCGAAAUUGCAGAGCUUAAGGAGAGAUUAAAAGCAAGUCGUGAAACUAUAAAUUGUUUAAAAAAUGAAAUUAGGAAACUUGAAGAAGAUGAUCAGACAAAAGAGAUAUAAACCAUUCUGAAGAGAACUCAAUAGGAAGCUCUACUGAGAAUAAGGAACUUCAGAGGAGGAGUGGACUGCAAAUGCUGUUUCUUAAAGGAACUGCACGUAGUUGUCGACCAUUGAUUUCUCAUCAGUGGGGUCAAGGUAUUUGUACUUUUCAAGCAGUCUUCAAUGUGAAAUAUAUGUGUGUAAUAAGAAUGAAUGCUGUAUAGGCAUUUUAUCAACCCGUUUUAGGGUAAUUCUAUGAUGUUAAGCACAAUUUAAAGUUUUUUUUAUUGAGUUGUUUGUAUAGCUUAUCUUUUUGGACAGGUAUCAAGAUUUCAUUAUAAAGUGUAACUUGUACAAAUUUUAUACUUCCAUAGUAGUUAGACUUAGUGGUAAAAUUAAAGUGUAUAUUUAAUUUUAUAAGUUCUUGUCUGCCCCCAUCCUAACUCUUUUGUAUCCGAUGUGCCCAGUGUCCAGUAACCACUCAAUAAAGGUAGUUUACGGACCCUGUUUCUGCCUCUUGAUGUGUUUCUUCCUCUUUGAAGCACUUGGAGCUCUCUCAUCACAAUUAAUGUAUCU